UGAAUCCGCGACGUCGUCGUCGAGACAAGAUGGCGGCGGCGAUAAUGGCGGCCGCGGGAGGCGGCGGCGGCGGAGUGGCGGCUACCCUAGCGGGGCCUGGUUCGGGGAUGCCGCCCGGCCCGGGGUCGUCGUCGUCGUCCUUUCCCUCCGGUGGCUGCCUGGUCCCUCCUCAGCCGCCUCCUCCGGGAGCCGUCCGUAUCGGCGACCGCCUGUACUCGGGGGUGCUGAUCACUCUGGAGAACUGCCUCUUGUCGGACGACGCGCUCCGCUUCACGCCUUCCAUGGGCAGCGGCCUGGACGCCGAGACCGAAGCCCAGCUCCGGAUUACCGGCUGCGAGCUCAUCCAGGCCGCCGGCAUUCUGCUCCGGCUUCCUCAGGUUGCCAUGGCUACCGGGCAGGUGUUGUUCCAGCGUUUCUUUUACACAAAGUCAUUUGUGAAACAUUCCAUGGAGCACGUGUCAAUGGCUUGUGUUCAUUUGGCCUCAAAAAUUGAAGAAGCACCACGACGUAUACGGGAUGUCAUUAAUGUAUUUCACAGACUUCGACAUCUGAGGGAGAAGAAGAAGCCCGUGCCUCUAAUACUGGAUCAAGAGUACGUUAACUUGAAGAACCAAAUCAUAAAAGCCGAGAGGAGAGUUCUCAAGGAGUUAGGAUUCUGUGUGCAUGUCAAGCACCCUCAUAAGAUAAUCGUUAUGUACCUUCAGGUAUUAGAAUGUGAACGUAACCAACACCUGGUCCAGACCUCAUGGGUAGCCUCUGAGGGUAAGUGACUAAGACUUCUCCUCUGCUGCCCACUCGCUAUGGUGCAGGGAUAACUGCCGUCUUCAGUCAAACCAAAGCAGGCUCCGCAGAGAGAAGGCUGGCUCUAGACAGGUGGUAUACGUACACUAGUAGAGUUAAAAACUGGCCGACUUCUGCUUGUGAUUUUUUUUUUCAACUUGAUUAAAAAAAAGCUUUAUUUGCACACUUUACAGAUAAGUCUAAAUCUUGAAUGCAUUACUGUUGAGAUGACUGAUGCUGUGUGUCGUGUCUUUAGAAUGCAAAAAAAAAUGCCUUUAUUAACUUGAAUUUUAAAUUAAUGGGAGGGAAGGGGGGAGAUUUUAGUUCCAUAAAUGCUGGUCGUUGCACUUAACGUAAAAUUUUGGUACGUUGAAUGAAUGUUUUUAAAAAAAAAAAAAUUCUGUGUCUCAAUAAAGAGUUUUAUAUGUUAAGCGUUCUUAUCCCCAGAUCACAUACAACUAAAUUUCUCUUACUGUACUUUUAAAACGGGGGGGGGGGGGAGGGGGACGACAAGAUCUGAUGAACCAUUUCUACAUGCCUGGUGUCCCCAUGCCUUUCAGCGAACUGCUUUGGCCAUGGGAGAUUUCCAGAAUUAGCCUGAUGCGUUGUGGGGAUCAGCUGCUUGGGGGAGGGGGAGUUCCUUUGCACUCAAGUAGCUUUUGGGAUCCUGGCUGUGGACAGAGAUCCGCUGGAGAAAAGAGCAAGAAAUUAGCAGGAAAGCCUUGGUUACAGCAUUCAUUGCAGAGACUUACUGUCCCAGAGUCUUCAUCCAAUUGUAUUCCAGGGCCAGCAAGUAUUUGAGCAAAACGUUCUAAAGAACUGUGUGUCUUGAAUGCCUAGCCUGCUGUCCCAGUACAGUUGGUCCAAUCAGAAGUGGGAUCUAAACCAGUCGUCAUUCUGUUAACAUGCUGUUUUGGAAGUCAGAAAGCAUCCACUUCUGUUUAACCGUUUUCUUAAAUUUCUCUAGCUAGAUUGGGAAUAAUAUUUCAAACCCUUCAGCUUUGUUCGGGUGGAUACCCCAAACUAUCUGUUGACUGCCUCCUUUGCAACACAUCCCAUAGCACCUGUUCCAGUGGUCUGUGCAUGGUUUGACUUAAGGCAACUGAGACACAUAGUUUGGGGUCACCCGACGUUAAUUCCGUCAUUGUGCAUCUGAUGCUCAUAAUGCAUCUCCAGUGGUCGUCUCUGGCUCCUAGAGGCCUUUGUUCUGGGUCAUGUUUUAAUUACUGUCUGAUGUGCUGAUUGAACAGUAGAUUUUUCUUAGGAAAUGAAUGUGUGCUUACUGGGGUCUUGCACAUGUUUUACCUGCCAAAAAAAAAAAAAUCUGAAUUUUCAGACAUCCUUUCAGGGGAGGAAUGUGUAAACCGUACUGACUGUGAGCCAUGUGCGAUGUUUUUGCAGUUGCCUCAUUCUGUGAACAUUGAGUUUAAGAAACGUUACACUGGGGCAAUUUGGAAGCGAUCCGGUGCCGAGCCAGUGGAAGGAAGGAAGCUGCAUGAACUUGGGCAUCUUCAGCUGCAGUGCUACCAGGACAUCUGGACUGAACAUCUGGGACUGUCUUGCCCUCUGAAGGGAUUUGUUUGGCUGUGUGUAUUCUGGAAAAUGGAUUAUUCUGGCAAAAGCAGUAGAAGAGAUCAGAUGGAUCCUGAAGAACCCUCCAUUCAGAUCUACAGUUUCAGAUUGUCCACCUUGAGCCCACAUACCGCUCUUUUUGAUGGGAUGAAGACUUGAGUUUGAUAAGAUAUCUUCACAUAUGCUACAUAUUUUGUCUGAAGUUUUUUCUUUUUUUUAACAACAUUCUGUUUUGCAUAAGAACAGGCCAGUAGAUCAUAACAGGGAGAAAAGUAAAGUUAAAAUUGGUUCUCUUUCACAAAUUCCCGACAGCCGGUUGAUAUCCCCAGAGGCACCCUUCCCUGGAAGGAAGCUUUCUUUUUUAACCUGUCAGAUUUCACAGGAUUAUCUAGACUUCAGAUGUAGCUGUAGAACACCUAGAUAACUACCGACAAUAAAGUAAAAAAAAAAAAAAGCAUAGUCAGAGCAGGGAUCUGUCCAACUGCUGCAACUUCUGUUGUCUCAUCCUUUGUCACCU